AUGUUUUAUUCAUUACUUCUUAUUUGUUUAUUAAUUAAUAUUGGUUAUACACAAAAUAAUCGAUGCUCAUUUUUAAAUAGUAAAUUAAAUAAAUAUGGAAUUCAUAUAAAUAUAUAUGGAAAAGAUUUUAUUGGUUUAAAAUUAUGUCAAAAUUUAAUAAAUAAUUAUUGUUGUCCACAAAUUUAUGAAGAUAAAAUACAGAAUGCAACAAUAAUUGAACUUUAUCAAUUAUUUGAUUUUUAUUCAGUUAAUUUAUAUGAAUCAUUAAGACGAAUAACUGUUCAAUUAAAUGAAACAAUUAUAAAAUUAAUUGAAUCCUCACAAAAUGAAACACAUUCUAUUUUACAAUAUAAUUAUAAAACAAUUUAUAAUUUUUAUCGUUCAUCAAUUGAUUUAUUUUUUAAUAAAUUAUUACUAAUAUCAUAUAAAAAUUAUCAAUAUGAGAUUAAAAAUAAUAUUGAAGAAUUAUUUCGUAAUAUUCUUCGUAUAACAAUAACAUCAAAUAAUAAUAAUAAACCACUCUUACCAUCAUAUUUAUUAUGUCUUUGGAGAUAUCAUCCAUUUAGUAAUCAACAAUAUUUAAUUGUUAAUCAAUUAGAGAUUAAUUUAGGAAAAUUAUUUCAUUUAAAUGAAUUAUUUAAAUUAAGUAAUGAACUUAUUCAAGUUAUGUUAACGAGUGUUACAACAGAUAAUCAUUGUAUUGAUUCAUAUAUGCAACUUUCAUAUUGUAAUUUAUGUUCUGGACGAAAAGAAUUACCUUGUUUAUCAAAUUGUGUAAAUGUUAUUGAAAGUUGUCUUAUAAAUGUCUCUUUAAUUAAUGAUAUAUGGAUCAAUUUUAUUGAUUCUAUUGAAAAUAAUAUAUAUUUUAAUGGAAUUGAAAAGGCUUUAUCAUCUAUUGGUAUAUUGAUCUCUGAUGCUUUUACGACCCUUUUUAAUUCCGAUCAAAUACAAACCAAGGAGAUCAUCGAUCAAUGUGGAUAUAUACAUAUACGAAAGGAAAUAUUUGAUAAUGAUCAAAAAUUUCAUAAGGAAUAUAGUAAUUCAUUAUCUAUACUUGAUCAACAACUUAAAUCUAUGAAACAAUCAUUACAAACCUAUAGAUCAUUUUGGUUAAUGUUACCAGAACAAAUAUGUAAAUCUAAUGGACAUUCUAUUUCAACUAAGGAAACAUGUUGGACAGGAACUUCAAUUUCUCUCAAUAACAAACAACCUAUACGAACUACUUAUGAUAAACCAUUAAGUUUACGUUUACAAAGAAUAUUAAAAGAAAUGAAAGAGAAAUCACAUAUGAUUAGAAAUAUACAACGAAUAACAACAGGAAUAAAUACGUCAACAACAACAACAACAACAGUAGCCAAGAAUUCCUUAUUAAUCAAUGGAUUAACAUUAAAUUUAACUGAUGGUUUUGAUGAUUAUCCAGAUGAUAAUGAAUUUGAUUAUGCUGAUUAUGCAUAUGAAGAUUCAAUAGAUGAAAUAACUUCAUCAAUACAAACAACAAGUUCAACAACUUUGAAAUCAUCAAAAAUUUCUGUUUAUGAUGAUCUAUUAAUUGAUGAUAUAAAUACCGUUUCAUAUUAUGAUUAUGGUGAACAAGAUGCAUAUAGUGAUGAUGAAAUAGAUGAUACAUACACUCAAAAAUUAUCUUCUAUUUCUACAAUAUCAACAACAACGAUAGUUCAAAUUCCAUCAUAUCAUCAGCGACGACCUAUUACGUGGAAUAUUAAUAUUGAUGAUGAUUUUGAUCAAAAAUCACAACAACAAUAUAACAGUAGUUUUUCUCAUAAUUAUUCAUUUCUUUUAUUAUUAUUAUUAAUUUUUAUUCUCACAUAG